AUGGAAUUCCACAUAUCUUUGUUUAUGUUCAAUUUUCUGCUACAAUAUUGUGCCGGUGGUGUAAAUAAAAGUAUUAAUGUUGCUGUUUUACUACCAUUUGACGAGAGUAGAUUAUUCUCCGUCAAACACAUAGCACCUGCUAUCUCUCUCGCAAUCGAAAAGAUUGUUGAGAAUCCAAUGUAUACAGUAAAUAAUUUAUCGGUCAGAUAUGCGGAUACGAAAUGCGACAUAGCUUUCGGCAUAAACCAUGCCAUAGAAUUCUAUAUGUAUAACCAAGUCGAUGCCUUUUUUGGCCCCGUGUGUGAUUUUGCUGUGGCACCAGUUGCUCGACAAGUGAUGUUUUGGAACCUGCCUGUGAUUUCUGGUGGUGCUAUGGCCCGGGAUUUCAUCAUGUAUAAAAAUACAACGUAUGGGAUGUUGACCCGCGUUGGUCCUAUCAAUUUCCAAACCCUAUCUAUGUUAGUUGUAAACGUGUUAACAAUUUUUAAAUGGAAUAGAUUAAAGUUAUUGUAUGAUUCGUCCGGGCAAGAUUACAUUGUGACGGGAUUUUGUCAUUUGCUCACAGAAGCACUGCAUUACGAUUUGCUAUCAGUACAGCCUGUCAUUGAACAGGACUAUUUUAGAGUAGACGAAGGAGUCGAUAUAGAACAGUUACUUUCUAGAGAAGUUGGGUUGCAGUAUUCAGCUUGGAGACACACAGAAAGUAGAAUGAGGUAUUAUCUUCCUAAAUGGUGGUUUUGUGGUAUAUAG